GGAACAGGAAACUACGGACGUCGUUCUCUACUGCAGUUCGGGUGACGAGCUUGCGCAGUGAGCUGCCACUCGCCAGAAGUGGUGAUCGCCUUAGCCGGUGAGAGGAUGGUGCCCGGCAGCCUCGUUGAGCGUCGUUGAAGGAAUGCGGCAAUCGCUCAAGGAGGCCUUGCAGAGAUCUCGGCAGUGAGAUUUUUGCAAGGCCUUCAAUUUCGCGGAAGGCUGUCGUGCCAUUGCCGUUCCCGGCAAGCGUCGGAAGAAAGAGGUUCACGAUCGAUUGACGUGACUGGACUCCGACUCAGGCAAAUUUGAAUAUCUUUUCGGGGGUGCGGAGAUUGAUCGGCGCCUCGAAAUUUCAGGUUACAAUUCAGAGCAUUGCCGGGUGAUGUAUUGUGGAAAGUGAAGAGGAAAGAGAUCGGUGCAGUGACGGUGUGUGGUGAUGGUGUCCACUGCGGCUGCGUCCGGCGGUAUGGAGAAAGAGUUUUUUUGGUCCGAGACCGAUGAGCCUCACGCGUCGAGGAGACGCCAGAUCUUGGAUUCCCACCCUGAGAUCAAGCAGUUGUUUGGCCCUGAUCCUUGGGCGCCAGCUAAGAUUACUGCUGUCGUGGCGUUACAAUUAUCCACUGCAGUUUACAUCAGCAACUCGAGAUGGUUCACCAUCGUGCUGGUGUCCUACUUCUUUGGUGCCUUCUGCAAUCACAAUCUUUUUCUUGCUAUUCACGAACUGAGCCAUAAUUUGGCAUGCUCAAGUCCGUUCUACAACCGUUUGCUCGGAAUAUUUGCGAAUUUGCCAGUUGGGAUUCCUAUGUCUGUUACGUUUCAAAAAUAUCACUUGGAGCACCAUAGAUAUCAGGGCGUGGAGGGCAUGGACAUGGACAUUCCCAGCUAUGCAGAAGGUCGGAUAGUGACCAACACGGCGUUGAAGGUUUUGUGGGUACUCUUCCAGCUUUUCUUCUAUGCCCUGAGGCCUCUAUUUUUGAAUCCAAAACCUCCAGGUGUUUGGGAAUUCGGAAACUUGGUGGCUCAAUUGACCCUGGAUGGAGCUUUGGUGUACUAUGCUGGGUGGAAAGCACUGGCAUACCUGAUUCUCUCUACAUUCCUUGGGGGUGGCAUGCACCCAAUAGCAGGGCACUUUAUAUCUGAACAUUAUGUUUUCAACAAAGGGCAGGAAACCUACUCUUACUAUGGCCCCCUCAACCUGCUCACGUGGAAUGUCGGAUAUCAUAACGAGCAUCACGACUUUCCAAGGAUUGCAGGCACUAGGCUACCAGAAUUGAAGAAGAUGGCUCCUGAGUUCUACGAGGGCCUAGCCUGUCACAACUCUUGGUCUCGUGUCAUCUAUCAGUACAUCACGGACCCAACGGUUGGACCUUUCAGCCGCAUGAAGCGCAAGCAACUGAGGAGCAACAGUGUGAAGGCGGAGUAGAGAACACGCGUGACUUCGUACUAUGAGUAAAUAUUGUUUCUUCCUACCGUGGUCCAAGUUAAUCGGAGCUUAAGAGAAUCGGAGGGAUUAGAUAGACAGUGGCCUGUGGAACAGCAAGAUGCAACUCGUCUCAUGUACCCGGCUGCAGCAUGUAAAACAUUCUUUACCAGGAGUUUUUCCUUUCCUGGUCAUCUGGCUUUGUUUUGAUCUUUAUACAAUGGAAGAAGCUUUUGCAGUUGCUGCAGCCAAGCUUGAUUUGCCCAUUCUUUCAAUUAAGAGCUUCCCGUUAUCUCCACAUGUGUUUCCCGAACUGUUAGGCAAUGAUUUUGGGACGCUUGUGUGCUCUCCAGGUCGCGUACAAUUGUGGGCUUUUUUCUCUCCAACCUGAGGCUCGUCUAUUUCGUCCAUCCGAGAUUUGCUUACCACUAAGUUCACGGCAUGGAGUGUCAUGGUUACGUAUUUGCUUUAGGUCUGUUCGAGUUCACGCAUUAUCUCCAAGGGUUCAACUGAACAAGUUCCAAAUCUGCAAGCCAUAUUGAAUCAGAAGGUGUUUCAAGAUGACAUAAGUAUUACUUGAAAGCAGGAAAUUUGAGCGGUUUACAAGGGCACCACCAGAAAGGCCUGAUGGAAUCCCAUAUCCACUGGAGACCUCAGGAUGUGACCGAGAUUUUCCAUCUUACACCAACGGAGUGACAUCACGUGUACGGUGCAACACAAAAGUGCAUCAGAAAGUCAGCUUUCAAUGAUUCUGUUCGGUGCCGGAGUCAGGAAGCAGAGGAGAAUUUUUUGGAAGAGCAUCCACUUCGCCCUAUAUCCUUCGAGGCAGUAUGCCAUCUACCUCCCGCCAAACAAAAGCAAUGGCUGGGAUUUGUUGCACAGUGCCUUCACCAGAGAAGGAGACUCAAGGUAAAUUUGGAGUAAGAUAUCUGACCUUCUCCAUAUACCUAAUCCUACAAAGGGUUAAGUAUAUAGAACUCAUCACGAAGUUCAGUUGGAUCCGCAGCAUACAAUUCAUGAAGAUUGGGAGAUGUUAUUAUAAUUAGAGAUGCCAAUGGAGAACAAGUUCGCUAUGUUACGCAAACCAUAAACAAGUGGCUCCAGUUAACUUGUUAGCACAGCUGUUUCCAGGUAUCGUGUUUGGAAUCCGAGAGCACACAUGGGGGCAGACCCUGAUGUGUGAUGAGACCGGCUGUUUGAUAUGUUAUUUUCAUGUUUCUACUUCUCUAAGUUAUGUAUGCGUAGUUGAUGCAACCGCUAUUCACGUCACAUAUACAUAUGUUAUGGACGCAUGUAUAUUUAUGAUUAAAACAUAAUUAAAGACUUGAUUAAUUGGGGU